AUGCAGGGGCCUCCACCACCUCCUCCUCUCCUGUGAGUGGGGAGCAGGAAUGUGUGAUGGGCCGCUUGUAUGUAGGCCAGUGAUAGGCCGGCCUUUCGCCGCUCUGUCUUAAAAAGUUCAAGUCAUUAUUCUCCCCAUGCCGGCUAUUCACUCCCCAGUCCCGUUGGCUCAUUGUUAUUCUGCCCAAGUGAGUGAGGGGCUGUGAGAAUGCGAGGUGGACGGCGCUUUUCCAACGGCAGGGAACCGAUGGAGGCGCUUUUCUGACCGCGUUUCGGGGGCCCGAAGGCACGUCGGUAAUCGGCUCAGUAAUGAGGAAAGGUACAGAACGGCACCGAACGUCUGACCCCGAUUCCUGGGAGUGAGGAAAGGCAGAGAGAGAGGGAGAGCGGGGGGCAUGUUGGAAAAAGGGGGUGGAAGGGAGGUGAGAUUUAGUGCCCUGCUGGAGGAAACAACCCCCCACAAACCGGUGGAAGAGGGAAAGUGUCCUUAUAGGAAGAGAAAAGAAAAGAAGGGGUGCUCAAGUGUUCACUGAGGACUCAAAGAAGUCUUUAUUUUUAAGUCACAAUGUGCACAGAAAAGGAGUUUAGUGACAUCUGUAAAGCUUAGGCAGGAGGGAAACAACACACAUAGAGGCUGCAAACACGAAAGAAAAGAAAAAUGUCUCGAACCGAAGAAGUCAACAAGAUGACAGAAAAUGUAUACAAGGGGAUUCUGGACCAGUUCAACCCCAGCCUGAAGAACUUUGUGACCAUGGGGAAGCAUUACGAGAAGGCCCUGACAGGAGUGACCGUGGCUGCCAAAGGCUACUUCGACGCUCUGGUGAAGCUGGGAGAGCUGGCCAGUGACAGCCAAGGCUCCAAAGAGCUCGGAGACACCCUGUUUCAGAUGGCCGAGGUGCACCGGCAGAUUCAGGUGCAGCUGGAAGACGUGCUCAAGCUGUUCCACUCUGAGAUGCUCACCCAGCUGGAGCAGAAGCUGGAGCUGGACAUCAAAUAUCUCACUGCUACCUUAAAGAAGUAUCAGAGCGAGCGGCGGUCUCAGACCGAGUCCAUCGAGCGCUGCCAGUCCCAGCUGAAGAAACUCCGCAGGAAGAGCCAGGGCAGCCGCCACCCAAACAAAUACGGUGACAGAGAAAUGCAGUUUGUGGAGCUGAUGAGUCGUCGCCAAGUGGAGCUGGAUUCACUGGUUGCCACCGGCUACAAGUCUGCUCUGACUGAGGAGAGGAGGCGAUACUGCUUCCUGGUGGACAGACAGUGCUGUGUCACCAAACUGCUGAUGAACUAUCACUCCAAGGUUAGAGAGCUUCUCUCGCAGAAACUGUCCUCUUGGCAGCAGUCGUGUUCUCAGCCGACAAAGCUCCCAGAGCGAGCCCUCAACCUGCUGCGUCACACCGCUCCACAAAGUCCAGGAGCCGCUGGGGUCGCCGAAGUCCUCCGUCACACCAAGAUAGGCUCCAGUCAUCCUGAACAGAGAGUUUCUGUACAAGAGGUCCCUCCUCUGCUGAACGGAGAUUCCAGCCGUUCCCAGCAGCAGCGUCUGGCCCCCACUUCAAGCUCCCAGACUGAUGCUGGUCCUCAGGGCUCCCCCCAGACUUCCCACUCUGCCUCCUCCAACGGAGGAGCUGCUGGAGGCUCGUCCCAAGGAGCGUCUCCUCAGCAUGCCAGCACACCCCAGAAUGCAUCAGCCAGCCCACUCCCUGAUGGCGUUGACAGCCUCUCCUCAUCCAUACCUGCAACAUCCAGCAGCUCCCCGCAGCAGGGCUCUCUCCUGCCGGCCACAUCCAACCUCUCUCCGAGCCUCAUCCCCUCCACCGUCAUGUCACUGAGCCAGAUCUCCCCGACCAGCGGCUCCUCCCAGGGCAUGACCGUCCCAAUCCCCCACAGUGCUCCUCACAGUCCUCCGCUGUCCCACAGCGCUCCUCUCUCCAGGGCCAUGACCCCUGUGCAGAUGCUGCAUCAGCAGAUGGGUCCGGGAGGAAGCAACACGCUGUCUCUGUCACACAACCCCUGGCUGCUCAAAGCCACAGAGAUGUCUGCUACUGCAACUCUGCCCCUGCCGAGAAGACCCGUCAGUGAAAUGAGACUGGGAGGCUUUCAAGGCUCCAGUCUCCCCAGGAGCCUGCCUUUAUCUGGGGUUACACGAGUGGAGGCCAUGUUUGCUCACUCACCUGGGGCGUUGGAGAGCGUAGGUGGAAAUAUUGGGGGCGGGGCUUGCCUACUUCACUUUGUACCUGGUGACUACAUUACCCUGCUGAUCUCUGAGCCCAGGGACGGGUGGCACUACGGUCAAAACGAACGGACCGGACGAAAAGGCUGGUUCCCGUUCUCCUACACUCAGUCACAGCACAGCAGGAUAGAUCAACUGGAGGGCUCUCUCUUCUUAUCUAAGGCUAACAGCACCAGCGCAGGACAGCUGGACAAACUUGUGUCUUCAGGCCUCAGUCCUGAGUCGGAGGAGGAGCGCGCUCUUCCUCCCCAGAGGGUCAGCACCUUCCGCCCACGCCCGUACAGCAUGGCCGACAGCAACAAGAUCACCUCAGAUUUGGGCUCCUCGCCUCCUUCUCCCACCAGGCCGAAUCCCUUUGCCCACGUCCGACUCAGAAAAACCGUCACCAACGACCGCUCGGCUCCCAUCAUCGAGUGAGUCUCAGCAGAAGGCCGAGUUCUCAUCCCCCCGUCAGGCCUGAAAACACCCCAACCGUAAUCCACGUCGGAUGUUGUGUUUUUAAGUACAGACAUCUUGUGUGUCACGUGAACGAAAAUAUUAUUUUUUGCACCACUGUGGUUCAUCUUGUGGAUGUGACUCACUAUAGAGUUCUAGGACUAAAGAAAGACAACACACGGAACUACAAAAACAUAUAAAAGUUGAUUAUUUUCUUAGCGUUUGAGCCCGUUGUGAUGUGUCCCACUGGUCCAAAGUGACUAACAUUUCUUCAUUUGUUCAUAUAUUUGUUUGGUGCCACAUUUUUCCUUUAUUCAGCUGAUUUAGGGGACUGGAUCCUACAAUAGGAGGCUGUACUUUAACUAUUGCAAGAUAUUGGGGAAGAGGACAGGCUCCCUCUCUAUUACAGUAUUAAUUUGAAUUAGAAAAGUUGCCUUAUGGAUGUUUUUUUAAGUAUUUGGCAGGAAAAGCCUUUUAAAUAAAUAUAGAUAUUUGGAUAAUUUAACAAUAAAUCUGACAUAUGUGAUUUUCAAAUGUCACAAUGAUAAAUUCACCCUUGAAUAUAUAAAAAUGUCACAGUUUAUUAGCUGAAUGGCUGGACAGUAGGAGGAGGAAUGUAUUCUGAGAAAGUUGCAUGUUGUGGAGGGUUCCAAGUCCUAUGAUUGAGAGGUUUGUAUGCUUAGUCUUGACAUUUUAGGCUCUCAAAGAUUCAAAUAUGUCCCAAAUUUAAAGCCAUACGCCGCCUCAAUAAGAAGAUUGCGGUUGCGUUUAGUGGUCCGACUGAGCCAAAUCUUAAAGAACGAUGUGGAAAGUGAAGUGGAUGAUCAAGUCUGUUGGAGAAAUGUUUCUAUGAAAGUGUUGAAGAAAGCUUUGGAGAAGUUGUCCGACGCCGGAGCAAGUGUCCUUGAUAAACAUUUAGAGUAGUAUCCUGUCGGGGAAUCACAAUUUUUAUUCAAACUGAAUGUUGUUUUUCUGCACCUUGAAGAAUCAAGACGUCACUGAUUAAUGUUUUAUAAAAUAAUUCUAAAGACAGACAUUACUUGUGUUGUACUACAUCACUGACAGUAACAAAAUGCUCGUUUGAAUUUGUAAAUAAAACAAUUGUGGUUAUUAGAGUUUCUAUAGUGUUAAAGUGAUGUUUCUUUUGGUUGAACAUUUAUCAAGCUGAAAAAUGACUGAUUACCAAAACCACACAUCCUAAAAUUAAAUAACAAAUUAUAAGUAAUUUGUUGCUAUUUUAAUAGUAGAAAUGAAUCAUUUGUUCACACAAACAAGCCCAUGUUAAAUAAAACUUAUUUUGGUCAAAAGUUGUUUGAAAUUAUUUUGAAUAAAUGGUCUUUAUGCACAUAGUUUAUUUUUAAAAAGCCAUAAAAUGACAUAUUAGUUGUCUUUUAUAAGCCAUAGAUCAGUAUUAAUGCAACAAUAUACCUAGAGGUAACAGAACAUCUGCAGCAAGAAUCCCAGCUUUCUAUGAAGCAUGUUUUCCACAUGUAAUCAACAUUUUUUCAGUGUUUCACCAUCUUUUUACAGCAGAAAAAUCAUGCUUAUGGGGUAAAUCCUCAACUUGUAAAAGUAUAUCUUUACAGUGUUGACCUUAAAGAUGCAGAAAAAAAAGCCUGAAAAUACUGAAUGGAAAAAGUCAAGUUUUUAUUUUGUUCUUAUAUUUUUUUUCCCAAAAACUUUUCUUCAUGAAAUACUGAAAACAUGUGAAAAGUUCUGAAAUUGAAAUAUUGUUUUAUUUGUGGACAAUUUCUUGGUUGUUGGUUUCUGUUUAGGCGAUAUGCAUCACUGUGAACACAUUACUGGACUGUUUUAUUAAUAUGCCAAUCAUGUACUCUGAUGAAGAAGCACUAAAUUAUUAAAUGUGGAGACGUGAAAUAAAUGUGCUGGGAGGAAACUUUA